UCAGCUGGAGCCGCAGGCCGGGGCCUCUCCCCUCCGGCCCGGGGGGUGGCGGGAACCCGAGUCGCUGGGGCCCGCGCCCCGCGCCCGCCAGUCAUGGUGGGUCACCUGCAUCUGCAGGCCAUGGGGGACACGCGGGAACAGAGCCGCGACGGCUUGCUGGACAGUCCCGACUCGGGACUACCACCCAGUCCCAGCCCCAGCCCGCCCUUUUACGUCCUGUCGCCGGGCACCCUGGACGCCCGCGCCACCACCGCUUAUCCUGCAGCCGCUGCUCUCUUCCCAAAUCCUGCAGCUCUGGAGAUGAGGACCCGGCUGCUGCCCGUAUUCUUUGGGGAGAGCAUCGAGGUUGAGCCAGAACCUGCCCAUGAAAUCCGCUGCAACUCUGAGGUCACCUAUGCCUCAGAGAGAUACUUCCGAGACAAGAUCAUCUACGCGCCGGUGCCCACGGUCACAGCCUACAGUGAGACCAUAGUGGCAGCUCCCAACUGCACGUGGCGCAGCUACCGCAGCCAGCUGACCCUGGAGCCCCGCCCACGGGCCCUGCGCUUCGGAAGCACCGCCAUCAUCUUCCCCAAACUGGCCCGCAGCUCCUUCCGCACCACGCUGCACUGCAGCCUCGGCCAGCCGCGCCACUGGUUCUCCUCGAGCCUGCAGCUGCAACAGUGCAGGGACCCUGCGGCCACUUCCCGUGGCCCCGAUGUACUCUGAGGAGCCCAGUGGCAGAGGAGUCGAGUGUGGGAGAGGGCCAGGAAAGACGGACAGGGCCUGGGCCGGGAACCUGGGCCCCAGGAGACACAGAGCCCUGUGGUCUGGACAAAGGAGAAUGAGGCUGCUUCUGGCAGCCUGUCCCCACCACAGGCUGGCUUGGCUGUGCCCACGCUCCAGCCUAAGGGCUUCUGUGAAUGCAUCUUUCAUUAGCCUAUACAGGCUGUAUGGCCCAAAGAGCAGGGCCCAGCGUGACCUGGUGUGCCCUUGAGGCAGAGCUGGCUCCCAACCUUGCUCUUGGAAAGGCUCAUUUCCAAAACAGGCCUUUCAGCCGUGCUCAUCCCAGCUGGAAAGCCCAGGUGCGGAGGGCUGAGCUAGCUUUCCUUGAACUGACUGAGCUGUCGAAGCUGGGGGCCGGGUACCUAGGAAACAUCGCCUUCUGUGCAGGGCACAGCUCUCCAGAGCAGCCAAGACACAUUCCUGACUAGCUUAGAACUCUUGAUCCUCAAAGCUUUCUGCCAGGUAUCCAGCGAGGCUUCAGAGCUAAUGAUGGACUCUGGACGUGAGUCUAGAGCAGGACUCGGAACGCCAAGGGAAGCUGUAGCUGCUUUUCUUGCCUCCCGUUCUCACUUAGGCUGGGAACUACACGGACACCACAGUUUCACCUCUUGCCUGCAAUCUGGAUGCCCAGGCUAAAAUGACUUAGAGGUGGAGAUGUCUCUCUGGCCUCAACUGUCCAGUAGCUGGAAACCUGCCUGCUGCCUCCAUGGUGGCUAAGAGGGAAGGGACAAACAGAACCCAAAUGACUGAUAGAUUGCUAUCUAUCUACACAGCUUAUCUGAGGUACACCUCCCUCCUCCGUUAAAGAACAGCUUAAGAGAUUGGUGAAUUAUCUUAAUAAAACGUACAC